CAGAAGGUCUUUGUUUAACCGUACUAGGUGGGUUCUUAAUUCAUCAUUUAGGCAGCGCUGGAUGAUUUUUUUUAAGCUAGACCAAGGGAAUAGAAGUAAUUACUUUUUUUUUUUGUGCCGCUUGACUGACAAGCAUUUUUUUGAUUUCCAGCCAACUACGCGACUUUGACGUCGAUAGGGCUGUCGGGUUUUAUAAGAAAUCACCAGAGGAUGCGAAGCUGAACAUAUACCCGAUCUCAGCCAGAGUAAGUUACAGCACACUCUUACGCCUCGGCUUUUUAGGCAAGAGAGGAGCACAGCUGUGAUUCGCACCACCACGACUGGAUCCUGACAUACAGAUAAUUCUGCUACCUGCUAUUUUACAAGACCAGCGGGGUUUGACAACAAGAACCCGAAGCUUAAACAGAGAGACGAAGCUUAUCUGCUCUGGUGACACGUCCAGGCAUUCGAUCUUAGCGCUUGUAAAACGCGAGCUGAAUAUUUCUAAUUACCCCUCGUGCAGCUGUAAAUGUGACUUUUGCUUCGAGUGGUAUCAUACACACCUGUAACUGCGAGGAUUUUUUAAAAAAAUAUAUAUAUAUAAUUGAACAGAAGAACACAGAGGCACUUGAAACAUGGAGCUGUCCACUACCCCGGGUGCUGAUUAUACCGAUCUCUACUCGCUUUUACCUUUCAACAGUUCCUUUCAAGAAUACCCGAGCGAGCUACUGUCCAACAGAAGCCUCAACGGCACUGCGCGGAUCCCCGUGAACACUCUCACGAAUAUUAUCAUUGCCAUCUCUAUCACAGCGCUCUAUUCUGUGGUCUGCGUGGUGGGACUUUUAGGAAACCUCCUUGUAAUGUAUGGGAUUGUCAGAUACACCAAAAUGAAGACAGCCACUAACAUUUACAUCUUCAACCUGGCCCUGGCGGAUGCGCUGUCCACCAGCACUCUGCCCUUUCAAAGCGCCAAGUACCUCCUGGACACCUGGCCAUUCGGGGAGCUGAUCUGCAAGAUUGUCCUCUCCAUCGACUACUACAACAUGUUCACCAGUAUCUUCACCCUGACCAUGAUGAGUGUGGACCGUUACAUCGCUGUGUGCCACCCAAUCAGGGCACUCGAUUUCCGCACCCCAAUGAAGGCAAAAGUUAUCAACGUCUGCAUAUGGAUCCUCUCCUCUGUAAUUGGUGUGCCCAUCAUGAUCAUGGCUGUGACAAAAACUACAGAUAAAGGUAACAUCAUAUGCAUGCUGGAAUUCCCUGACCCUGGCUGGUACUGGGACACAGUAACCAAGAUCUGUGUGUUCAUUUUUGCCUUUGUGGGGCCUGUGCUGGUCAUCACCAUCUGCUACGGGCUCAUGAUCCUGCGGCUGAAGAGCGUGCGUCUGCUGUCUGGCUCCAAAGAGAAGGACAGGACCCUGCGACGGAUCACCCGCAUGGUGCUAGUGGUGGUGGCUGUCUUCAUCAUCUGCUGGACGCCCAUCCACAUCUUUGUCAUCGUGAAAACCCUGGUGGAUAUCGACAAGAAAAACCCCUUUGUCAUAGCAAGCUGGCACCUUUGCAUCGCUUUGGGCUACACCAACAGUAGCCUCAAUCCUGUCCUCUAUGCCUUUCUGGAUGAGAACUUCAAGAGAUGUUUCCGUGAUGUCUGCCUUCCCUUUCGCUCCAAGAUGGAGCAGCACAGUUUCACCAGGGCGAAGAAUGCCACCCGGGAACCCGUUUCCGUCUGUGCACCUUCAGAAAUGGGGAAGAAACCAGUAUGACUAGACAUGGAUAGUAAGCUGUAUGGAUCCCGUUCUAGGAGAGCCCAACAAGACCUUCAGUCAGAGGUCACACAAAUCUCCACUACAGAGUUUUAACCAUCAAGACAGUCCAGGAUGUCUUUUUUUGUAAAGCUUUAUGAAAUAUUUUUCUUUUGCUAAUUUUUUUUGCCUCCUUGCAUCCUAAUACAAAACAUCUCUCCCAUACAUCUUGAAAUGAAAAAAGUUGAUCCUAUUUCACGAAUAAAUAAAUAACAAAUCUUCUAAAGUUUUAACAUACUGCAUCUAAGCAAAAAAAUAUAUAUAUUGGAUGACGCCCUAUUACUGGAUAACGACUUUAAACUUUUAUAUUACAGACUGUUUUAAAACUGACAAAUGAAGACUGGUGGCCAUUAGCACUUCUGCUAGGUUGACAGGGUAAGAGUAAAAUAAUGCAUAUUUGCAUUCAUUGAAAGAAGCACCAAUCAUCACAAUUUAUGAUGCUUUAUAGAACAAUUGCCACACUUUGAGGCCAUUAAGGUGGAUUUUCAGAACUUGAACAAGUCUACAGCACCUUAAGCAUAUUAAUACAUUUAAAUAUCUUUCUUAAUGGGCCCACAAGUGGCUCACCUGAUAGAAGCGCAGCCCUGUGGUGCGCAGGGUGAGUCAUACAGCGAAGGUUCGUGUCCUGGCUGUGCAAAGUAUACUGGUCUUCACUGGGGACUCCGAAGAGAGCGUCGCAUUGGCUGUGGCGCUCCUGUGGGUUAGGGAGGCAAAACCGACAGGGACUGUUUCUCCUCAUCGCUCUACAGCGAACCCUGCUGGCCAGGCACCCAGUGAACUCGGAGCGGACACCUGCAGGGCUGGCCUGGUCAGUAGCUCGCUGACAUCCGCUCUCGAGUUCCUGGGUGAAAAAGGACGCUGGCUUGGUCGUGGGAUCAGAGGAUGCCCACUGAAUCUUUGUGUCUCCUGAACCAUGUGAGGAAAAGUGAUUGGGCAUUCCAAAUUCAGAGAAAAUAUAUAUACACAUACAUACAUACUGUAUAUAUCUUUCUUAACCACAAACAUUUAAAGUAUCACUGCACAAUUUAGUGAGCUCUGUGUGUUUGUGCCCAUUGACUUUUCCAAGGAAAGAGACAUAUGGAGAGCAGAAUUACAUACUACACAGGACAACAAUGUCUCAAAAGUUAUACCCUCAAUGACUACACACUACACACAUCAUAACUAAAAAGUUGAAAGAAGGCACCAUACGGUAUUUUAGGAGAAAGUUUUCUUUUAUUUUCUGAAGAAAACUGCUCUGCCCAUCAUCCCCACUAAAACCUAGAUCUUCACUUAAAAACAUCAGCAUGGACAGAGGCUUCUUCCAUUGCAUAAUCAAAAACAGAAGAGCAGCAUCACAGAAUUGUCAUGAAUGUGAUUGUACAGUGCUAAAUAUUGACAUCAAUAUAAAGCAGUAGGAAGCUACAAGAUAAUCCUGGCAUACUGUGCACAUCUAGGCAUUAUCUAAUAUAAGCAUAGUGCCUCUAUUGUUUCAGUUAAUACAGAGACAAGACUGCAGGCAUUCAUGUCAAGAAAAUUAAAACCUUGAACUUCAUUUAUAAAACUCAAGUAUCUACACUACUGUACAUUUUAAUAUUGAAAUCAUGUCAGUUGGUUUGAUUAUGCUCUGUGGUAUCUUUUCCGAAAGUCCUUUAAAUACUAAGUGAUAGGGUCACUGUGUAGCUUUAAGCAGUAGUCAAUGGGUUACCCAUAUUUUGGGAUAUUUAAAUAAGUAUUGCUGGAAAAGCCAAGUGAAGUUAAACUGUAGUUAUUGGGCACUCUUACAGUGAAAAAACACAUUAUAAUGAUACACUGUACUAGUGUUAUGCCUGUAUUAUAUAUAAGUACAGACUACAUCACAACUGCUGUCAGGAUCACCUAUCCACCCAUGUAGUCCAGUAACAAGUGCUCUGGGAAUGUCCCAUGACUUUAAUUGAUCUGUCAACUGAUAGGAAUAAAGACGCACGUUUUUAACGGUUUCUAUGCCUGCCUGUUGGUUUGCUUACAUACGCUACCCUGUAACGCAAACAACAGCGAGUUUUAUCUCUAUGACAAUUUGAACCUGUUUUCGUACUUAGAAAUACAGUGACAAGUUAGAAUAUUUCGACAAUAUGUCGAAACACGUAAGCUUUAUUUAGUUUUUAUUUUGGCCUUGUUCUUAAUAAAAUCUGAAUAAUUGAGAGACACUUUGGGAUAUAAGUUUUUCAUUAAGCCAGAGUUGCCAUCUUCACUCUUCAGUGGUGGAAUCAUGCAAAGUAUUUUUUCUUUCAUUUUGCAUUUCUAUUUUCUA